GCCUUCCGAAGUCCAGAUCCAGCUGAGACACACAGCCCGAGCAACCAGAUCUCGAGUCUGCGACGACACUGACACCUGAGGCCACCGCACUACACACACACGAGCAAUGCGGAUGCGCAUGAGAGGACCAGGCACGGAUUGUCACAGCGAGAACAGGAGUCGUCGUUGAGUGGAGGCCAAGUGAUCAGAGCCGUCUGGGCAGGUGCCAAUGCCCGACCCGAACGAUGCCGCGCGCAAGAAAACAAAGGUUGCCGAUCUGACGACGCAGAGGCUGGCGAAGCGCAGGUCGCAGGACUUCAAGGACAAGAUCGCGGGAUGGAACGUGGAAUCAGUGACGGAGACACCGCGGGUCAAGUCGAGGCCGCAGCAAUCGCAGGACGAGAUUGUGGUCAUACACGACGAUGAGUCUGUGGUCAAGAGCGGUGACAUGGUCGUGGUCGAGACCGAAUCUACAGUACCUGGAGGUGUAGACCAAGUGCCAGCUCGAUCACGGCCAACCACUCCAAAGACUGCCCAAUUACCCACUAAGACCACCCCCAAGACAGCACCAACAACAACGAUCGCAGGAGACAAGAAGGUUGUACGUGAAGUGGACUUGGAUCGCAAGGCCUGGGUGAGAAGGAAAAGUAAGCCGCAAGUCGAAGUACCUGCAGAUGUCAAAGAAGCCAUCGCGCCCAAGAAGCGUGUUGUUAGCGAUGGCCAUUGGAGGCGGGACCGCACCGCGCAGCCAGAGGCGCAGGGUACUCCGGAAAAGGAGAACGAGAGGACGCCAAAGCCAGUCUACAUUCGUAAGAGCGUUGUGAACGUGGGUCUGAAAGUGCCAGUGUCCCACCAGGACUUUACAGAAUCAGAGCCAGAGCCGGACCCAGUACGAGUACGGCCAUUGAAGUCGAGAUCACCACAUGGACGCGAACGGAUACCGGAUUAUGAGAGCAGGGGGACAAAAGUAUACAUUCAACGAAGGAGGCGAUACGAGUCUGAAAGCAGCUUCACUGCUCCUUCCUCGGCGACAGACAAGCCCAGCACAGCAACGACAGAUAUCACAAGCCCUAGCAGCUCUCCUCCUCGGCCAAAAUCCGCACCUCGCGAGCGACUGAAAAAGAUGCGUAGCGGCGAAGAUGAACCAGAACGGCCGAGUACUGCGAGAAGGAGCAAGACUCCUGUGGAAGAAAGCGUUCCACAACGACACCCCUCGACUACGGCUGAAGCAUUCGCCAAACGUAUCACACAGCGCAUUCGUCCUACCGAAAAGCCGCCAAAUCCAGUCCCCAAGGUCUACGGCCAUCGAAUCGAAGGAUGGCUGAAUGGCAUGUCCGAUCCCUUCGACGAGACAUUGACGCCAGAACCUCUUGCUAUACCUAAGAAAAAGGCUCCCACUCAAGAUCGAUCUGCGGAAGAUACACCUGAGAGCCGCAAGAGCAGUGCCAAACGCCGCAGUCCACGCGAUGAGCCCGUAGAGCUCCACUCGAGCGGGAAACGUGAUCUCAAAGACGGGCUGGAAGAAUCGUCGCCUUUAAGCCCCGCAUCACCUACGUUAAGGCGGAGAGGCGCAAGGCACCGACCGGAGUCGCCACUAAAAAACCGCACGUCGAAGGAUCUCCCGCCCGUGACGACCUGCUUUGAUGAUGCUACCAUGAGUGGGGGCAAUCCGGAUGCACCCCGCGAACGACGUCGCGUGCCAUCUACGAAGAAGGGCGAUCGCUAUAGAAUACCUAGCGGGCAUAAGCUAUCCACUAUUGCCUCUGAGGAAACGUUAGCAUCGCGAGACCUUAGGCAUAGCCGCGCCUAUCCUGACGACGCCACAACUAUCACCAGGACCAGUGAUGGCGACGUGCCCAGACGGAUCUCGACCAAACGGAGAGUCGCGAAGCACGAUGACUUGAUCUCUGUUCUCUCAAUACCUCGCGACGAAGGGCGCCGUGUUGUGCCAGCAAAAAGUAUUCGCCGUAGCAGACGGAAGCCUGGGGCCAGCACCGUCGCCGACAUCAUGAAUGAAGUCUCCGCAGAUGAGUUGAAAUAUCAACGUGAACUCCGAACGCUGGUCGAAGGAGUCAUCCCGGUGCUUCUCAAGCAUGUGGUCUCCGGUUCGUCAGAUUCAUCGCCAGGCUCGCGCGUCUCCAGUCGACCAACGACCGACCCAUCAGUGACGCGGCCAAUUGUAGACAUGGGAGUUGCUUUGGAGAGGCUCAAAACAACACACAAGCACAUCCCGUUGCAUGAACCAAGCGAACUUCUCACCUGGGCUCAAGCUGCUGCUAAAGAUUAUUCAGGCUACCUGCAAGCCUGGAGACUAGGGUUUAAAGACAUUGUGGUAAACUUGGCUCCUGCAUCUGCCAGCCAGCGUGACGGUCCCUCUUGGGACCACGAUCUUCCAAGAAACCAAGAUGGCGACCUCGUUGAUAGCGCUGGCGAGCGCGUCGAUGUUGCGUACCUGCUGAAGAGACCACUCGUGCGCAUCAAGUAUCUCGCCAAGACUUUCAAAGAUAUCAGCCAGCUACAGCCUUCUGCAAAUGCCGUGGACAUGACCAAGAAGUACCAGGAUCUGGUUUCGGACGCAAAGAACCGUAUCACCGACGAGCAUGCUCGCCUCGAGGACGAAGCAGCAUCCAACGUGGAUGCCACUAGAGCUCGAGACCCACGCAGUCUGGCGCCCAUUACUGGCGUGAGCAUAGAUCGCACCCGAUCUGUGCGCGCUAGAGACUACUUCGAUAUGGACUUGGUGCACUCGAGCGGCCAGCAGCUAGGUUGCAAGAUCGAAGUCAUCUACCGAGACGAUGCCCCCAAUCGAGGAAAGGCAGGUGAUGUUCUCUUCUGUGAAAUAUCAGUUUCAGGUCGAUGGCUUUUAUUUCCGCCUCUACCGCAUGCCUUGGUGUCUGCCAGGAAAGGGGACCGACCUGGAGAGCUUAUUGUUAUGAUCCGUGGCUUCAUGUCAAAUGCGAGGCAAUGGCGCGAAACCAUGUCUCUCAGGUCCGAAGACGACAAUACAGCAGAAGAUUGGCUGCGAAUGUUGGGUUCUUCACCAAUGCCGCCGAAACUGGCUCGAAAGUCGAGCUUCAACAUGUACAAGCAAAACAGUCUGCCCGUCGCCGGAGUGGAGGAGCCGAAGUUGAAGUCUAUCACCGAGACACCUGAAACAGACACAAGUAGGGAUCCCUCGCCGCGUGAGAUCGAAGUGCCGAUCGGCGAACGCUCAAAGGCGACCAGUCGCAUAUGGGACGGUAGCGAUGUCAAUAGCGUUCUUGAUGAUGGUCAUUCGACACCGACCCAUGAGCGGCCAAGGCCAAGACCCGCCCGGUAUCGAGGUCAGACAAUUUCAUCUCCAUCGGCAUCAGACAGUAUUCAUUACACUCCCCGGGAUCACGCUGCGGAGCCGCAGUACUUCUAUGACAAGACUCGUGAUGAUAGUUCGUACGCGCCUAGCCGCCGUGGACUGAAAACCAAGCAUGUGCGCUCACAAUCAGAGUGGACAGGCUCGACAGUCUCUUCCGACCGAAGUACUGACUACAGUGUGUGGAUGCCACCAGAGGACGCCUCGCGCUAUUCGGACGAGUCGAGUGAUGGCGAAACAAUUGAUCAUCGACGACACCACAAAGCAAUACGUCCAGGAAUGCACCGACGCACCUCUUCGGUUCCGUCUUUGGAUAUGCCGUCGAUUCCGAAGAUCAGAGAGUCGUCUCGACCUGACAGUCCUCCAUCAGACCGGGAUGGUCUGCCGUCACAGAAGAGAGCGUACGAGACGACCGGGACCAAUGAUCCUUCCUCUGCGCCGCCUAAGCUACAGCAGCGACUAUCAGUGAGGAAAAGGAGCGCAGAGGAAGACCGGGCUCGUCCAGCGACGCCGCCCCAUAAAGAGAAGCCAAGACCGUUGUCACUCGGACAGAGCAUCACGAACAAGUUCCCAUCGUUCACACCAGCGUUCAUGAGAAAGAAUCGUCGGCCAUCUUCUCCGUUGAAGCACGAGUACGCUCCAUCCUCCGCUUCGGACUCGCUGUCAGAUAGCGACUAUUCUGACUACGAUGACGACGAAUCCAUGACGUCCGAGUCGACUGCACAAAGCGAAGGGGUGCCAGAGGAUGGUGUAUCGACUAUUGGCGAUCUGCAAGGGUUCGAUGACUACAAGCGAAUGGGCCCCAAACGUUCAUCUCCGCCGGCAACCUCGCCGGUGACAGAUCCGAACACUCAACUCAGUACGCCAGAUGUAAGCCUGGGGCCCUCGGAAUCUGCCUCUCAGGCACCGUAUCGUACAGUCCCAGCCACAGCGGUUGAGCCUGCGAAGGUUGUUGCCAGCAUAUCAGCAUGGUCCGAACGUGGAGCUUGGGAUAGUUUGCACAUGGAAGAAUGCCAAAUCUUUGUCACCCCCGGGCUGAUUGAGGCAUUUGAUCUGACGCAAGCCAACUCUGUCGCAGUGCAAACCGGGGCUGAUGGAUCGACACCUUCUGCAAAGGGCAUCAAGCCUCUGAUUGCAUUGGAGUUGACACCUCUUGUUCCACUUCGAAGAAGCACUGCAGUCGAUCUUACGGUCCGCUCGCCGCCGACAGCAAACUCUCUGUACAAACCGGGCCCCAACAUCAUGUUCCGCUUGCGAAGUCCAGAAGACUGCGAGAAGCUUUACACACUUCUGAACAGGGCUCGUAUUGAUAAUCCAACGUACGUCGCGCUGCAGAAUGCCCGAGGACCCAUGCACCAGAGCAAUUGGGGUGAGAUCAUGGACCACAACCGGAACGCCCAGAUGGACAAGCGUCGGUCAUGGUGGAACAUGGGGUCACGCAAGAGCAGCACGUACCGUUCAAGUGGCAGUCGUGCACAUUCCACGGCUGCUACAGAAUCCUCUGUGGAGACUAUGAACACCGCCUUCUCUGCGCUUCGAAGAUUCAACGGUAGUAGCAAGAUAUUCGACCUGGCCAAGAGCACCAUCGCCAGUCGGGAAGGUACGCGGAGCACCAACAGUGGCAGUCUCAACUCGGGAACAGCGACUCCCGAUCUUCACUUUGAUCCAGCAAUGGGCACUCCACUUGGCAUCACUGGAGCAAAAGUCCGACUCUACGUUCGCGAAUCCGCUUCCAAGUGGCGAGACCUUGGUUCUGCGAGAUUGACUGUCAUGUUACCACCACGACGGCCCGAUCCGAGUUCUCCUGCGAGUCCCAAGAUUACUGGAUUGGAGAAACGUAUUGUCGUGUCUGGCAAAAGCCAGAAUCACACUUUGCUGGAUGUCACAUUGGGUGAGAGUGCUUUUGAGAGGAUUGCAAGGACGGGCAUUGCUGUGAGUGUGUAUGAGGGUUGUGAGCAUGUGGGAGUAACGGGUGGUGUGUUGCCGAAUCGGACUACCUGUUACAUGAUUCAGAUGAAGAGUGAGAGGGAUGCUGCCUACACUUUUGGAUUGGUCGGAAAGCUGAGGUAUUGAGCCUGUUUCCUUCCAAGGGCGAGAAGGCCAGGAGUCGUGAACGAAUGGCGACUGCUGGUGGCGUGGAGAAGACGAGGUGGCGAUGAGAUUUUCCAGCUGUUCUUUCUUAUGUCUUCUUUGUCAACUAGCAAGGCGUUCCGGGGAAGCGUGCAUCGGCAUGGGCAUCAGCAUGGGCAUGCCCGACGGAAGAAGCGAGAACAAGAAGCGAAUGAAUGGGUGGGUGGGGUGGAAGAAGGAUUCCCUCUCGUCACUUUUAAGCUGGAGUGGAAGUUUUCAGCAGCAGAUUAGCAGCUAUAUACCCAUCUCCCGUCCGUUUAAUGUAAUCAAUAUUGUAAU